AUGAAUUCAUCUCAACAAACAAACAUUCCUGUCGUUCUUAUAACUGGUUUUGGUCCAUUUCGUUCUCUAGCGGUUAAUUCUAGUUGGGAAGUUGCUAAAGCAUUAAAAACAUAUCUUGAAUGGACAAGUCCAAUAUAUAUAAUUCUUAAACAAUUAGAAGUAACUUAUGAUGAUGUAGCAACAAAAAUACCCGAUUAUUGGAUUAAAUAUAAUCCAACACUUGUUAUUCAUCUUGGUGUAGCAAAAGAAUCAAAAGAAAUUCGAUUAGAAAGAUAUGCUUGUAAUACAGAUUAUUGUCAUACAGAUAACAAUGGUAGUGUACCAGAAAUAGGACAAUGUAUUAAAAAUGCUGUACCAAAACGAUUAAUGACAAGUCUUCCACUUCAUGAUAUACGUGCUCGAGUACAACGUCGAACAAAGUUACCAAUUAUUGUUUCCGAUAAUGCUGGAAGAUACAUCUGUGAAUAUAUUUAUUAUCAAUCAUUAUUUAUUGAUGCAAAACGUACAAUAUUUAUUCAUAUACCAGAUUUUGAUAAAAAUUUUACAAUUGAAAAUUUAGCUGAAACAAUACAAUUAAUUAUAUAUGAAGCACUUGGUUAUGUUGAUCCAUUACCAAUAUUAAAUCAAAAUGGAAAUUAUAUAUAG